UUGAUUUCUCCAGGUCUAUGCAACUCAACCGAUUCCCAACCGACCUGCUUGAAUGGAGGCUACGUUGACCCUUUGAACUGCACUGUUUGCAAAUGUCCUACUGGAUUCGCGGGCGAUUUCUGUCAGCUGAUCGAACCGUCCGGAGCACUGAAGUGUGGCGGGCUUAUUCCGACUACUUCAAAACUGACUCGGAUGAAAAUUACGAUAGCUGCCAGUGGUCCAGAAAGAAGGAAGUGUGUUUAUCAUAUCCGGUCUCCACCAAGGCGUCGUGUUAUGAUCGGUUUGCAAGAAAUCCGAGGAGUUUGCCAAGAAGGAUGCUAUAAUACAGCUGUCGAAAUGAAGAUGAUUGGUGAUUUCAGACCUGUAGGCUACAGAUUCUGUUGCAAUUCGCACUCAUUCCGCCGUAUGUUGUCCAGAGGAAGAAAUGUUCCAAUCACAUUCUUUGCACGAAAUUCAACUCUCGAAGUCAUUCUCUAUUUCCGAUGGGUUGUGCUCACACCUGAUGCUGAAGAUGCUAGAUACCUCAAUGCAACACAGUUAGCUGAAGUCUACACACAAAGCGAUGCAGACAACGGUAAAGUGUGA